UCCUUCAGUUCUCUUACAUUUUGGCUUUUGCUCUCUCCUUGCAGAUCUCGUUAUAUAAGCACAGAACUUGGAAUUAGGGAACGGUUGUUUGUUGGGGUCCUGACCUCCAAGACCACCCUGAACACUCUGGCAGUCGCUGUAAAUCGGACACUCGGCCACAGGUUGGAGAAACUGAUGUACUUCACAGGUAUGCGAGGCCGGAAACUGCCCCAUGGAAUGACAGUGGUGACCCACGGGGAUGACCGCCCUAUCUGGAACAUGUACCAAACGAUUAAGCAUCUUCUGGAUCACUAUAUUCAGGAGUAUGAUUGGUUCUACCUGGUACAGGAUGACACGUACACCGAGGCCCACAGAAUCUCCCGUCUGGCCGCUCAUCUCAGCAUCGAUGCUGAUCUGUACCUGGGUAGACCAGAGGAGUUCAUUGCAGGCGACACUAAUAGACUAUACUGCUAUGGCGGGUUUGGUUACUUGCUGUCUCGAAGUCUUCUGAAGAAGCUGCAGCCCCACCUUGAGCACUGUCGCAACGAUAUCCUGAGUGCCAGGCCUGACGAGUGGCUGGGAAGGUGCAUCAUUGAUUACACCGACGUCAACUGCGUGGAGGAAUACGAGGGGGUCCGAUACCGCUACUUUGAACUUGGGAAGAAUGCAGACCCUGAAAGAGAAGGUGACCCCCGCUUCAAGAACGCAUUCACAGCCCACCCUGUUCUGGACCCUGUACAGAUGUAUCGCCUCCACAAACACUUUGCACAGGUGGAGCUGGAGAAGACGUACCUGGAGAUCGAGCAGCUGCAGCGGGAGAUAAAGAACACCAGCAGCCUGUCUGUGGAAGGAGAGCAGUCUGCCACCUGGCCUCUUGGGAUCAGUGCCCCAUUCCAGCCCCGUACGCGUUUUGAGGUCCUGCGCUGGGAUUACUUCACCGAGAAUCAGGCUUUCUCUUGUAUCGAUGACUCUCCGAAGUGCGAGCUGAUUGGAGCUGAUCUUGCCGAUGUCACCGAUGUCAUCAGCACAGCUGUCGAUGAGCUCAACCGCAAGUACCAGCCGGUGCUACACGUGCGCAAGCAGCAGCUCCUGAAUGGUUAUCGCCGCUUUGAUCCAACACGUGGCAUGGAGUAUACACUGGACCUACAGCUGGAGCUGGUGACACAGAAGGGCCACAGCCGUUCCAUCACCAAGAGGGUCCACCUGGUACGUCCGCUCAGUGAGGUGGAAAUCAUCCCCAUGCCAUAUGUGACCGAGGCCAGCCGUAUCAAUAUCAUCCUACCCCUAACUGCCCAAGACCGAGAACAUGCUGGGGCCUUCCUUAAGGCCUUCACAGACAUCCAGGGCAAUGAAAAUUCUCUACUCACCCUGUUGUUUAUAUAUGACCCCUUCCAGGCCCAGCAGGUCAGCCAAAAUGAUAUUUUCAGCCAAGUCAAAAGCCAAAUUGCAGAGUACGAGCGCAAAUACCGCGACAUAAAAAUCCCAUGGAUCAGCGUGAAGACAGACGCGCCUUCCCAAAUCCGGCUUAUGGACAUCAUCUCCAAAAAGCACCCUGUGGAUACUCUAUUCUUCCUGGCCGGUGUCGGGAGCCACGUCAGCUCCGAGUUCCUCAACCGUUGUCGCAUGAACACCAUCAACAACUGGCAGGUCUUCUUCCCCAUCCACUUCCAAGGUUACAACCCCGAGGUGUCUGAACAUGGGCAGCAGUCUCCCUCCGGUACCCUGGAACUGUUGCGUGAUGCUGGCAGAUUCGACAGGGACGUCUUCGAUGAGGCUUGCUUCUACAACGCCGACUACAUGGCAGCGCGCACCAAAAUGGCAGCCGACGCUCAGGAGAAUGAGGAUAUCGUGGAAAUGCUCGACAUAUACGAGAUGUUUAUUCGCUACUCGGGGCUCCACGUCUUCCGGGCAGUGGAACCAGCCCUGCUUCAGUCCUACCGUACCCGUUCUUGUAACCCACGCCUCAGUGAGGAAAUUUACCAUCGGUGCGUGCAGAGCAAUUUAGAAGGACUGGGCUCUCGUUCCCAGCUGGCCAUGCUUCUGUUUGAGCAGGAGCAAGGGAACAGCACCUGA